GUUCAGUACUGGCGCACAAGCAUCAGUCCAUCACGUACGUUCCACCACGAAAAUCACUCCGGUUUUCAAAGGUUUUUAAACAGCAGCGGUGGUCUCUUCGUUAAGCUGCAGUUGUUUCUCGGUUCUUCGGGUGUGCAUCAAUCCCCGGUAAAAGUUCGUAAUCCAUCGCCAAGCAGUCUGCACGCGGCCUAUUCGGGAAACUCUUCGGCAACCCUCCCGUCACUGGACAAUACCUCUGGGCCCGUCGGCAGCGGUCCUCAGGGAGAGUCUCUGCCCGAUUGCCAUGCCGGCAGGUACAGGCGCUUCGUACAGGUCGUUAGGAGACCUGGGCGAAGACGUCUACAAAAGCACAACCGUUGUGGACCAAACACAGAGCACCGGCCAGAGCGUUCUUGAGAGUGUCAAAAAGGCGUUCAGUUUUGCCUCGCCCAAGGUCGAGAUAAGGAAAAAGGAUCCCCUUAUCGAAGAUCAUAGGGAGUGCGUAUCGAUCGUAUCCAGGGACAGAAACAAGAUGCCCGCCGCAGCAAGUGCCGAAGAGUCAGCUCUGCUGGGCACCAUGCCUUCAGACAGUAUGGACGACAUUGAAUUGAAAAACAUCCAGCUCCAGUUCCCAGAAUUGAGAUAUCCCACCCGGGACGAGAAGCUGGUUCGGGAGGAGCGGGUUGAAACGGACAAGGGGACGCUAUUGGUUGCCAUUCACGGAAAUCAGGGAAAACCUGCAAUUUUAACGUAUCACGACUUGGGCCUUAAUUAUAUCUCGAGUUUCCAAGCAUUUUUCAAUUACAUCGACAUGCGUAUUCUUCUGGAGAACUUUUGUGUUUACCAUGUGAAUGCCCCAGGACAGGAGGAAGGUGCCCCUACGUUACCGGAAAACUACACUUAUCCGUCUAUGGAUGAGCUCGCCGAACAGCUGCAGUUUGUCCUCGGUCAUUUUGGUCUCAAGUCUGUGAUCGGCUUCGGAGUUGGUGCUGGGGCCAAUAUACUCUCCCGAUUUGCCCUAGUUCAUCCAGAAAAAGUUAACGCACUGUGCCUCAUCAAUUGCGUCUCCACGCAGGCUGGUUGGAUUGAGUGGGGUUACCAAAAAUUGAAUGUCCGUCACCUCCGGUCUCAGGGAAUGACACAGGGUGUCCUGGAUUACCUCAUGUGGCACCACUUCGGAAGGGGUACCGAGGAGCGCAAUCAUGACUUGGUCCAAGUAUACAAGAGUUACUUCGAGCGACGAGUGAACCCAACAAAUCUGGCCCUUUUCAUCGACAGCUAUGUUCGUCGCACGGACCUAAACAUCGUCCGCGAGUUGGAUCCUACCCGCAAGAAGGAGGGUUUGACUCUGGGAGUCCCCGUAAUCAACAUCACUGGUUCGCUGAGCCCGCAUGUCGAAGAUACCGUGACGUUAAACGGUCGUCUAGAUCCGACCAACAGCUCCUGGAUGAAGAUCUCCGAUUGCGGAAUGGUGCUCGAAGAACAGCCGGGCAAAGUUAGCGAAGCUUUCCGACUAUUCCUUCAGGGCGAAGGAUACGUGGUGAAAGCCCCGCGGAAGCUUGUGACGUCGACAUCACUCGAAGUGGCUCCUCUGUCGCCAACGAAGAUUUCCGACUACCGAUUGGCGUCACUCUACCUGGAGAUCUGCAAUCAAAAGUCCGAGUGGCUAUCGGCAACGAUUCACAUCACGGAGAACCCCAUAUCAGAGGCAGUCGUUUGUUAAAUGCCAUCUUCUACUUGGAUGCUUGAUAUAUCCCUGGAUCACCGAUCCUGCGGAACUCUCGUUUAGGCUUAUAUCUUUUCACCUACGUAGUACUACUUUUCGAAGUAGACGUUUCGCGUUGAGUUGCUUCGAUCAGCCACGAGCUGAGUCCCAAGGCUGGAAAGCUAGUCUAUAGCCUAGGCAUUAAUGUACUUUUCUUAUAGCGUCGCAGAUACGGUGGGUAGACAACUCCUCGGUGAAUUCGACGCACUCAUUUUUUACUUUCAUUCAAAUUUGUAAGGGUAUUGAGGUUAUCGUCGAUAUUUCAUUGCAAGGAAUUGAAUGGCGGAAUGGCUGAUUCCAAGUUGGUGAAAUUACACCCCAAGUCGCUAUUUCUUCCGUUUUCUAUGUAUAACUCAUAUUUUGACCGCCUCGUCGAACAAGUUAGAAUUGAAAUCGUGCUUGAAAAGUUUCGAUUAUCAAUUGGUUGUAUCUUUGCUCUUUUAAUCAUGCGAUUGUUAAAUCAAUUUCAAUUCCUUAGGAACGCCGAAAACUAUUGGCGGCUAAAAUUAGUAAUCGGUCGUAUGAAAUGAAUGGCCGUUAAGUAGAAUCUUAGAAAAAAAAUUCGGUAACAUCUAUGCGCUUAGCAGUCGAAAAUCAUCGUUUCGGCAGUCCAGGCGAUAUUUUUUUGUUUUAAUCAGGAUGUAGUAUGGAUAUAUAAUUGAUGAGAAGUCAAGGAAGAAAUUUCAGCCGUCGAAUCGAAAUAAUUUAUGGCAUGCUCCGCCAGUAACCUACACCAUAUCGUUGAUUAUCAAGCAAUCCUACAGGAGAACAUAGUGGAACUAGAAUAUUCUCAACACGACGAGUGAGAGUCGGACCAUGGAUUUUUUAACCUGAAUAUAUCACCGUCACAGACGUUAAAUUAAUUUUAGCGAAGUUAGUCGGCACGCGAUGUGCACGGCACCGCUUUUUCAAACGAUAAAAUUAUUCGUAAUAGCAAUUGAAUGCAAUUUAAUGGGGGUAAGUGAUAAUGAUAACUAUGCCGAUCAUAUACAAUAACCAAACAAGACAUGUGAUUAAUAUAAAUAAUGUCAGAUAAAUAAUCACAUUUCUCUCGCGUAAAGACGCGGACAUCAAUACAUAUUUGAUGUCGCUUACGGUAGUCUCUUAGAGUAUCAACACCCGUCUAGAAGAAUGUACCUGCGUAUAUGUAUAGUCAAGCAAGAAUGUGCGAUUCGAUAUCAAACGUCUCGAUGUAGCAGAAAGUCAAAGAGAAGGAAAGAAUCGGAAAAACACACACGCGUACAAAAACACAAACACACACAAAAGACGUUAUUUAAUAAGUACGGAGUAACUUUUUUUUUUUUUUUUUGCGAAAUGUAUGAAUCUCUGCACGUUUGGAGUUUGUUUGAAAUGUAGCCGGCAAGAUUCAUUCUUUAUGCCUUGCGCUAGAAUAAGCGGCGUUAGUUGUGAAUGACGUAUGCUCUUUGCAUAAAUCGAUAAAUAAGAGUAAAGAAUUGAAUUCGUUUACAUGUAACGUGAUUUGAAGCUGCAAUAUGUGGUUUUCACGCCCGAAACAUGAGUUGGUGUAAUAAUAUGUGCCUGCUGUAAGAUAUGUCUAUGUAAUUUUGAAUUUUGCGUUUCACACUUUUUAUAUGUAUAUAUUUAUAUCCAGUAAUAUUCGUCUAUGCAUCGGCCCGCGUAGAAAACGCGAACGGACAAAAACUUUGUACUUUCGACUUUGGUAAAACUUUACCAAACCUUUCGAUACUUCGAGCAACGCUCCUGCCCCUUUAGUCAAUUGCUUGAGAAGAUGAAUUGUAUUCUUCACAUUUUUCGGAGUCGCUCGAAAAUCAAAUCGUGAAAAAAUUAUCCAUCCCACGAGCAAAAAACAGUUUUUAUAAACUUUACGUUAACCCGGGAAGUUGCUGACUCUGUUAGAAUAUCAAAAAAUGGGUAUCUGAGAUUUGAACAAAUGAAUUAUGCUGCUUAAUUCCAUUUGACACACCCUGUUUGAAAUAAGCUGGCGACAAUAAAUUAUUCAUAAUCGGCAAUGAGUCCGAAGGGACUUUUCACGCAUCAUCUGUGGUACUGCCGGGUCAGUUGGUGAUUUAACGGAUAAUCAGGUUCAGAUGACUAGAUUGAUAAAACGACGUCUGUUAUACGGCCCUCUGAUUCCAGCACAUGCAACUUUCAUAGAAAUUACUGAACAAAAUUAUUAUUAUCAAAAAAUCGAUAUCUUUUCUAAUAAAUAUUGAAUUUUUAGGUAAACGGCUCGACCGUUUGGCGUUUCUGAACUUACGAAGUAAAGAAAAAAAAAAAAAAAAUAAUACACGCUCAUAAGCGGUGCGUAUUCCAAAGAAUUGCCUUGUCAGUGAUACAAUUUUCCGCGUAAGAUAAGUUUGUAGUUGGAAAGUUAUCGCUCUUUGAUUUACCAAAACGCAGUGUAAAAUUCCGCAAAAGACAAGACGACUAAGUUUUCGUUCGUUAAUGUUUUCAUGUGGAAACGUCCAUUAACAUGUAUUAUAGAAAUAAAUUAUUAUCUCAUUUAUACA